CAUCAUUAGCAUUAUCAACAUUUAUGAGUGUUUGGUUGAGAGUGAUAACUGGAGUUAUUUCACUUGUCAAGACGUCUUUGCCCUUUCCUUUAUCGAGUGGAAGAGGAUCUACUUCCAUAAUAACUGAAGUUUCUUUAUUGUUGUUGUUAGUGGAGACACUACUUUCAGAUUCAGUAGUUUGUAAAGUAUUCUGUCUUUUACUUGGUUAUUGCUCUGGA